AUGAUCCACCGAAUUUCACGGAGGCAAGAAAAUGGAGUAGUGAACCGCGCUAACUCCACAUCUACCAGCCAACAAUUACGGGAAUGGAAAUAUAAAUGCAAAUACUAUCAAUGGGGAUCUUUUAUCACUGGAUUGCCUAAGGAAACUAUGGAUCAGGAAAAGCGAAACAUUUCUAACGAAAUUGACAUUGAGGAGAGCGAGGCUGAGCAUCAAUUACAAGAUGAUGAAGAUUCGGAAACAAGUGAUUCACCAGAUCAUGUGGAGACGGUUGAUGAAGAAGAGAAGGUGGAGACGACCGACAAUAAAAAGAAUGGACCAUUCAGGCUGAGCGAGGAACAUCGACAGAUUGUUGAGCGGACAUUUAAUGGCAUGAAAAAGGAGAGAAUGUGGAGACUCUCAACGGGAAAAUAUGUCGAGAAGGAAUUAUUUGAAUUGGGGAAGAAGUUAGAAUUCGAGCACGUUGUUCAUUCUUUCAUUGUGGAUGUUGAUGACGUGAUAAUUAGACAGCAUUUCAACAUGACAGAGUUAGAUGAAAUUGAUAACGCCCCUGGCCCACAAGAGCCCGAGCUUUCAGACGAAAUCGUUGAAUUUCUAAACAAAUUCUUUCACAAGACGAGGUUGAAUGAUAUUAGAAAGAUCAUAAAGGAAAUGAUAUUUGACGACAAUUACGAUCAUGAAAAAGAUCAUGAUAAGGAUUACAUAAUAUAUGCUUUAUAUUCAUUAGUAAGAGAAAUUCAAAGCGAAAGCUUGAAAGAUGUAAACCUUGAAGCCUGGUUUAAUUGUCACGUUUGGAAUUCGAUUUUUGAUCAAGCUUUUGGAGAUCUAAAAGCAAUAUCCGUCGUCAGAGGGGAAAGUUCAAGCUUAGCAUCGGCAUCACGAAAAAAUUCGAAGAGAAAAUCAGGAGAACGACGAAAAAUGGGUCACAGGGGCGACUGGAUCCUCAGAAGUGUCAGUAAUGGUGUUAAAGAUGAAUUUGGAGCUGGAGAAGCCGGGAAAAUUUGGGUUGACAAAAAUGGAACGAAGAUUCUUAAGGAGAAAGGAUUAAAGCUACCUAAAACGCUUAAGGAUAUGUUAAUAAAAUUGAUGGAUAAAGUAGAUUGGGAUGUAAAGAGGUGUUUGGAAAUUCAAACGGUUGGAAUGAUUCACGCUG